AUGAUGCAAGACGACGACAUUCCUAUCUGUGACACAGAGACUAGCCCGGAGACGCGCAAUGAAUCGCUAUGGGCUGCCCAACAGCAGGAAAUCAAAUGUAUUGCACCGGCUCUGUUGGAAAUUAAACAAGCAAAUGAAAAUAUUGAAAGCUCUAUUGCUUUACUGACGUCACAGGGUGCAGAAUUAACUAAAACAGUUAGUCAUUUAGAACAAAAGAUAAAAGAGGGCAACGAAUCCAUAGCCUUAUUAGAGGAUAAAAUUGAAAACAUGCAGUUGACUCUGCGUAAAACGAACUUUGAAAUAAAAAACGUGCCCAGGAAGGCAAACGAAACAAAGGAAGACUUGGUUCAAAUGGUCCUACAACUUUCUACCACCAUUGGGGCGGAUUUAAACAAAACCGACAUCAAGGAUAUAUACAGGGUGCGUGGCAAAAGAGUACAGCAGCAAAACACACCCCUUGUCAUUGAAACAUCGUCAACUUUAAUUAAAACGAAUAUUCUAAGGCUUUGUAAAGCAUUUAAUGUUAAAACUAAAUCUAAAUUGUGCACUAAGCACCUGGGCUUCCGAGUUUCCGAAGAUACACCCAUAUUUGUUUGCGAACAGUUAACCGCCAAGGGGUCCCGUCUUCAUUUUCUAGCUAGAGAUAUUGUUAAAUCAAAUCGGUACAAAUACUGCUGGACCGCCUAUGGCAGGGUAUACGUUAGGAAAACCGACAACUCCCCUAUCAUAGCAAUCAAAUCGGAAUCCCAUGUUCAGCAACUCAUAAAUAAUUAUUGA